UCUCUCUCUCUCUGUUUAUCUGCGUCUCUCUCUCUCCCCGCACGCGAGCUUUUUAAGCGCUGCGCGAGACACAAACCGUUACAGCGCGCGCAGGCUGGACAUCAGCAGCAACCGUGAGAGAAAACAACUGCCUCAUUUACAUAGCCUUACAUUUGGGCCCACGUAGCUAUCUCAGCUCCAUCAUGACGGAGCGCUUCAACUGCUUCUACUGCAGAGAGGACCUGCAUGGCAAGAAGUACAUCCAGAAGGAUGAGAAGCAUGUGUGCGUGCGCUGCUUUGACAAGCUGUGUGCCAACACCUGUGCAGAAUGCCGUCGACCUAUUGGAGUUGAUGCUAAGGAGCUGACCCAUAAGAACCGCCACUGGCAUGAGGACUGCUUCCGCUGUGCCAAGUGCUACAAGCCACUGGCCAAUGAGCCUUUUGCAGCUAAAGACGAUGGCAAGAUCAUGUGUGGGAAGUGUGGUGCCCGUGAGGACUCACCCCGCUGCCAGGGCUGCUACAAAGUCAUCAUGCCUGGGUCUCAAAAUGUGGAGUACAAGCAUAAAGUGUGGCAUGAGGAGUGCUUCAUCUGCUUUGAGUGCAAGCAGCCAAUCCGUUCUCAGAGUUUCCUGACCAAGGGGGAUGAAUUCUACUGCGGCAGUUGCCAUGAGAAGAAGUUCGCCAAGAACUGUGCCCGCUGCAAGGAGCCCAUCAGUUCUGGUGGGAUCAAUUAUCAGGAUAAACCCUGGCACUCUGAAUGCUUUGUGUGCAACACCUGCAAGAAGCCACUGGCUGGAGCUCGCUUCACUGCUCAUGAGGAUGACUUCUACUGUGUGGACUGCUACAAGACCUCUGUGGCCAAGAAGUGCUCUGGAUGCCACAAUCCCAUCACUGGUUUUGGCAGAGGGACUAAUGUGGUGAACUAUGAGAACCACACUUGGCAUGAGUACUGCUUUAACUGUAAGAAGUGCUCUCUGUCCCUGGCCCACAAGCGCUUCGUCAUGCAUGAAGAGAACAUCUACUGCCCUGACUGUGCCAAAAAGCUGUGAGACUACAGAUGCUCUUUCAUGAUUUCAUUUGAAGGAAAGGUUUCCACCCUAUACUGGUGGCAACUGUAUUUCAUUAUUAGCGUUUUUGGUCUGCUCGUUUAAAUGGUGAUUCAUUAAGCAAACAAACUCAUCAAAAAAGUGAAUGCAAAAAAAACAAAAAAAAAAAAAAAAAAAGAAAAAGAAAAAAAGUACUGACUGGCUAACAGGAUGGUUUUAGUGAUGAAGUGCAUCACAGAUUGAAACAGGCAAUAUUUUUCGAAAGUAUAAAAUAGUGAGUGGUGUGUAAUUUAGUGUAAUAAAUGCACAUUUAUAGUCAGUUAUUCAUAACUUCACAGCAAUACAUGAGUGUCUCUGGUGAGCAGCAAUACUGAAAUAAUAUUUUAGACUAAAUAUAUGAAACCAUGCUAAGGCAGGCUUUACUGGAAGAUUUCUUGUCAUGAAGAUUUAAGGUAUACAGUUUCAUGUUGCUUUGUGGAAAUGUAUUUUGUCUGUUUAACAUAAUUAACACACCUGAGUAUAAUGUUUUUGGAAUUAUGACAUGACACAUUUAACAUGAAUCCUUUGGCAUGCAACAAUAUUAGUAUAUACUUUAUUCAUGGCAUUUUGGGUGAAGUAACAAUGAAUCUGAACAAUAAAUUUCAAGCUUCAACUAAA